AUGCCUUCAUAUGAUGAUGAUUUACCAACACAAGAUGAAGAAAUUUUAUUGAAAAAACUUGUUGAAAAUGGUGAAGCAGAACAACGAAUUCGUGCUGUGUCCGAGAUUAAAAACUUGGUCAUCGGUUCUAAACGUUGUAAAGCAGCAUUUUUUCGUGUUGGUACAGCUGAAACACUUUAUAAUUUACUGAAAGAAUUUUCGUCAUUAAAUCAUACCGAAUUACUUGUUGAAAUUAUUGAUUGUAUAUCAUCAUUUGUUAAAACUAAUAAUAAAACAAUUGUGAAUCGUUUAAUUGAGCUUGGAUGUAUUCAACAUUUAUUUGCAUUAUUAACAUUAGGAAUCGAGUCAGCUGACUUAUGUGAAUCAUGCCUUCGGUGUUUACGUUCGUUUUUUCUGCCGAAAUUAUCAACAAAAAUAUUUUCGAAAGUUGAUUAUUCAAAUCCAUUUUUAACACCAAUACCAUUCGUACUUCUAUGCGAUCAAGAUACACAUAAACCUCCAUCAUUAAUAACACAACCUCAAAAAAUUUCUUCAGCAACACAAUUAAGUUCUAUCGAGCAAUAUUCGCCUUUUGAUAUUGUGUUUGAAAAUCCUCAAUUGCUCGAUAUACUCAUUCGUUUAUUGUCAUUAUCAAAAUCUGCACAAUUAUCAAUUGUAGAAAUUCUAUGUUGUUUAUGUGUUAAUAAUGAACGACAACAACAAUUAGUCGAUAAAAACAUUAUACCCGCUAUAAUGCAUAUACUCGUUGAAAAUAUUCAUGAUAAACAACAAAAUAAUCAUACUAAUAGGAUAACUCAAGCCAGUCUGACAGAUGAAUAUAUUGUUGGUGUUUGUUUGAAGCUUUUCUGUUCACUAUGCUAUGAAAAUCCUUGUGUUGCUCAACAAUUACACGGCACAAUUCAUACGGAAACUAAUCAGACAUUAUGCGAAAUAAUAUCGAGCUUGUUAAAUAAAAUUCAUCGGCCUGUUGUUAUAUCUUAUUAUGCAGCAAAAUUUUUUGUUAAUCUUUGUAAAACAAAGGUGCUUUCAGCAGAUCAUCCAUCGGUUUCACUUGAAUCUUUAACAACCUUAGUACACUUAUCAACAAAAUCAACUAUAAAUAAAUGUGUUUAUUUAUAUAUUGAAUGUCUUGAUACACUUAUCUAUUUACUUAAUGGCAAUAGUGCAUUACAUCAUACAGCGAUGUAUACAGAACAAUUAUUGAGUAAAUUAUUUAUAUAUAUAUUUACUCCAACGAAAAUUCUUGAUGAACAUGCCGAUGAAUCAAGCGUUGUACAACUACGUUCGUCAUCGUUAACAUUACUUGCUGUUUUAUCGUCACACCAUGAAGAUAUUAAAAAGCGAAUUGCUGAACAAGAAAAUUUAAUUUCAACUGCAAUCGAUUGUUGUCGUUCACCUCAUUUAUCAUUGCAAUUAGCUGCUCUUUGUCUUUUUCAUGGUUUAUCACGAAGUGUUCAUCAACUUCGCACAACUUUUAAUGAUACAAUUUGUGAUAUUUUACUCGAUGCUAUUAAAUCAAGUGAUUUAUCUGUUGUGAAAAUAUCAUCAUGUGUUAUUAGUAAUAUUGUUCUGGAAUUUUCGACUUGUCGUACGAGAUUACUCAGCGGUGGUAUACUUGAAAUACUUCUCAAUUUUCUUACACAUACAGAUCAUGAUUUGUGUAUAAAUAGUAUAUGGGCUUUACGGAAUCUUUCAUAUUUAUCGGUACUGCAAAUAAAACAAGACAUCAUUAAUGGUUUGACAAUUGAUCGUAUUUAUUCAUUACUUGAUCAAUGUACAGAUGAACAAUUUCUUCUAUGCUUGUUAUCAUUAUUGAGAAAUUUGUUCGAUGAAAAAGACACUGAUGCCCUUUUACCACUAUUUAAUGCGACAAAAUUAUUGACAACAUUACAACAAUUACUUGAAAAAAAUCAUCCCGAAGGAAUUCAUCGUGAAAUAACUACAUUAAUAGAUCACCUCAAUUCAAGCAAUAAUCCGUCUCAACAACGAGUGUCUUCGGAGUCGAUGAAUUCGACUUGUCGAACAUCUCUUUUCCCUGAAUAUGUUUGCGAUGAAAUGGAUCAAUUGGAUUGUUCAUAA